UUAAGGAAUAGUCGGAUUAGUGGAGUUGCCAUCCAUGGCAAAAACUAAUGGAAAACUGCAGAUAACCAGAGGAGGGGUAAAAUAUACUAGAAUCACAUUUUAUUGCAAUAACAUGUACUGCAAUUCAUGUAUAAAAAGAAGAUAAUGGGAGAGUCAUCGAUUUUCUAGAAGUAUGAACUUUCCUCAAUGCGCCUUAAAGCCAAGGUCAGCACAGGUUAUUGGAGGAUUUUGAUAAUCAGUAAAGCAAGCUGAAUGUUUAAUCUGCAUAUACUCCCGCACGCUACAUCGUGGGCUUGUCUUUCAAAGAUUCUAAGAACAAAGUCAAUUGAUGAAUGUUGAACGAGAAAGUCAAACUACAAAGUAACCCUUAAAGUUUUAUUUUCAUAACAAGAGCCACAUGAGAUCCGAGGAAUAAACUUUUGGCAAGUGUCAUGACAGCAUAAGUAUGACGUCCAUGCGCUAAUGCUACUGAAUUUUGGCGCAAUCCUCGAUACCUCGCAGCAGCAAUAUUUUGAUUUUCAUUUUGAGUGAAUGAAGUACUCCCUCAUUCGUCAGUGCAUGGAAUGGCAAGGAGAAAUAUCGUGCCAAAAACCCGAAACGUUGAUAUAAAAAGAAAAAAAAAAACAGGCCGUUUCGGUUGUGUUUGUGUGAAUGAAUAAGGGAUGACAGCAAGUGCGCGUACAUUCGGGAAGAAGCCGUUCUAUGUUCUGUAAUCAGCAUGAGGUGCAAACGCAAGACUGAAUAAUGAGGAACUAUCGCUUGGAAUAUAUGAAGAAAUGGCAGUCAUCACAAGAAACGGUCAAUAGAGGAGUAUCACAAGAGGCAAAUAUUGAUGAAGGGACAUUCGCUCAUUACCACAGAUCAAAACUAGAUUGGUUCCAUCUUUGCAAGAAGUAGCUGUCCUAAUGUAAGGUAACUGUGAUCGGCAUACUGACAACAUAUAAGAGACCUACCCAGCGCUGAGGUCCAAGGCGGGAGACCAGCAGACCGGGCGGCGUACUCUGCGAAACACAAGAGACUGAAUGCAUGUCUAUAAUAUUGUAAACGUUGUGCUUUCGGGCGCAGCGGAAAGAUGUGUCAGUGGUAUGCCUUGCGGAAAACUAAUUAGAAAAUUUUUAAAAUCGUAGUUUUAUAAAUAAAAAUGUAACUGUUAAUUGCAAGGCAUAUCACUUUUGUGAGAGUAAACAUUGUAGUAUGGUCGUGGUGUGCUCGAGUAUGUGAAAGUUGAAGCGUGGACUGCACAAAACAGCCAAUAGAAACACCAAUAAUUAUGUGAUAACUAAUCAUUUCUCCCUCCCCCCCUUCUUUUACGUUGUUCCCUCCCCCCCCUCCUCCUCCUUCAUUCCGAGCAGAUCCCAGCGUUCCAACUUCCAGCACCACCACGGAGCCGCCCAUCACCUACCCGCCGCACGUCUCUAUACAGGAGCUUCUCUACGAGACGACGACCGACAUGCACGCGGGGUCCCUGGAGGACUUCAUGGUAGGCGCCAACGGGGAAGACGAGGACAAGUUCGAGCAGACGGACGGGCCCUUCGGCUUCGGCUACGCGGUCAGGGUCAAGGCGGACAACCAGGAGUGCUUAGUGAAGCAGAAUUACGAGAGCGCCGGUGACUGCACGAAGGACCCAAACAUCUGCUCCAAGGGCUUCAGCAUCAGCAUCUGGGAAAAGGCCGACUUCAGCUACGACAUUUUCUGGACCAUUAACAACCUGCAGAACGAACCCAAGAGAUACGUCUUAUCUACAGGCGGCGACGAGCAAGGGCACCCCGGCAUCGCCAUCUACCAUCAAGGGAUAUCCCUGGUAGCCAUCGUGUCCACCGGCGACGAAUACUGGAAGCUGGAGGUGUACGGGCCCUUCCAUAACUCGACCUGGAACAACAUCGGCAUCUUGUGGUCCCGGCCGCAAGGGGAGAACGGGGGCUUAGAGAUGCACGUAAACCACAGACGGGUAGGGACCGUUUACAAGGGAAUGGCGAGUACAAGGAAGAGCCCACUGAACCCCUCGGAACUCAUGAUCGGAUGCCACAAAGACAGCGACAACCAGCUCUACCGAGGCUACAACGAUGCUGAGUUCGAUGAGCUAGCCUUGUGGAAACGCAGUCUACUGGAUAACGAGACUAUGUUCUUCCUGGGAGGAUAUGAAGGGGAAAUGAGCUUCAUCGACCCCGAGGAAUACCAGGUGAUGCUGGAGAAAACGGACCUCAAAGACUCUUCGCAGCUCGUGGCCGCAUUCAAAGUACUGUCCCUCAUGGACGUCGCUUCCAGGCCCGAAAACGCCACAGAGGAGGAGGCGAUGAACAACACGUUAAGGCUCCAGAAUGUCAUGGCGAGCCUCACCAACCCAGAAAACAUCAAGCAAGAUCUCGGGGUCGACGACUGGGUCCAGUUCUUGGACAUCAUCCACGCCACGAGCAACCUCCUGGACGACGACAGCGAGGACACCUGGCGCGUGAUGGAGGCGAAGGGCAAGGCCGGCGCCACGGAGGUCGCCAGGGACUUCGAGGGAUUCUAUCUCGAUCUUCUAGACAAAGUCAGUUUGGAAGGAAAGACCGAACUGGACUAUACGAAAACGUCGGAAAACAUUGCCGCUCGGUGUGAAAAGACCCGGAUUCGCGACUUCGUGGCCGCCCCCACCUACGUCAGUCCGGACUACAAUCAGAUGAAGUCGCUCUACUCGGACUGGGACCGACCCACGGACAAGAUAUACGUUCCAACCAACAUGUUUACGGACGAGCGAUGCCUGGAGCGCGAGGUGUCCAUUCUGACUGUCCUCUACGACACGUACGACGACGUCGCCCCCAACAGAGUCAGCGCGAGGACCAUCCCCCCUCCAUGCCAAACUACCUGGACUCGAGGGUGCUCAGCGUGCGAGUGAGGGGCGUGCCGGAGUUAGACUCGCAGGGGCGGGUCAUCCCCAGCUCCCCCCAGUGCGCCCCUGACCCUGACGCCCUUUGGAGGAACCCGCUGAAGAUUAUACUCGAGCACAAGGUCAAGGAGAAGGCGCUCAGGAGGAUGCUU